CUCCCUUAGCCUCGCCCGUGCUCUCCUCCACCCUCACCACACCAUCAUGGGUCGUCGCAUGGUCGCACUCGCCAUGCGACGUGCGCUGCGCGUGGCGUGGGAUAGUGUCACCCAUGACGCCCUCCCUUCCCAUCGCUUGCCGCAACCACCCCUUCGCGUGCCAUCCGCGCGGGGGGGGGUUGUUCCAAGCCGCGCGCCUGCCUCGUUGCCUCAUGGUUUCGCGCCGUCACACUCACCGGCAUCGCUCCCUGCCGCCCGAGCGUUGCUAGCGUGGAGCGGGCGGGGCGUCGGCGGCGGGGUGAGCCGGCAUGCAGAGACGCGCGGGGAACCCGUGGAGCGAGCAGUGGCGGGUGGCGGCAGCACGGCGACGUCCGGCGUGGGGAACGAGGCGGAGUGGCGUGGCGUGCGGUGGGGAAGCGGCGGAGGGGGCGGGUGCGACGAGGCUUGGCGGCGAAGCACGCAGUGGAGAGCGGGCGGAUGGGCCGUCGCUGACGCAGUUCAAGGGGCCCGCGGGGCGCGCGCUUUACACACGCCAGGCGCGCGAGCGUCUCACACUAACGCGGCCUCCGCAUCUCGCCUGUCCUCCCGGCUUUCCCCUCGCCUGCUUGCCUUGCUUCCCACUCCGUGGCAGGAGCUGCUGCAACAUCCUCGCACCGCACUACACCGUAUUGCAUGGCAAUACAGGGAUGCUGCAGCACUGCAGGUGGAGGCGUUCUGGCGCAAUCACUCUUUGCUGCUGCUGUCGGCUGGGGGCAUCUCCCUCUCUCUGCUGCUCUGGGGCUGCUCCUUCCGCCUUGCAUCCCUCUUUCUCACCAUGCCGCCUAACUCCCUCGGCCUGUCCUACCUCCUUGCUUCCUCCACUGCUGUCACUGCUCUGGGCGUGGGGGUGCGGGCAUACGCCACGAUCAGCCCAGCAAUGGUAUACCGCAUGGCCAUGUGUGCGCUCAACACACAUGCUGGUGCGCUCGAGGUGUUGGGAGCGCCACUGCUGGGAGCUCCUGUGAGGGCGUAUGUGCAGGGGGGCGGCGGCAUAGUGCUGUCUGGGAUAGCCGUGCGGCCCGCUCCUCGGCAGUGCUGGCUUGUGUUCCGUGUGCGCGGGGCAGAGGGGCGGGCGGUGGUGAACGUGGAGGUGCAGCGGCACAACGGCCAGUACGGUCUGCGGCUGGUGGCCCUGGACGUCGCAGCAGGCAGUGCAGGCAGCCAGCAGCUGCUGGUGGUGGGCGACGAUGCGGCCCUGGCACGCGCUCAGCCCGUACUGCAGGGGCUCAGACUCGCACUGGACGGAGUGGAGAGCGAGCGAGGGGCAGAGGGGGCGCCUGUGGUGAAGGCCCAGCCGUAAUAAGGCUGUCAUGAUGAGCACGUGGUCCAGCAGGUUUUGACACUACUCUAGUGCACAUGGAUGAUCCAUCCAAUUAGGGCCUCCAGUGUUCGCAUCUAGGGUAGCUCAUUGCUCAAGUGUGCAUGAAUAGGGUGCAAGCUAGGGGCUAGAUGUGGUAGCUUAUUCUCAGACAAAUUGCUACUGGCUACUCAUGUGAUGACUGCAUUGGCAGUGGCAGAUAAAUCUCCAGAGUAGCCCGCUACGGUG